CCCAAAAGUUGUGCUCUACUUUAUCAAGAUGGUGUCACAUCUAGUGGCGUGUACACUAUUAAUCCAGAUGGCGGAAAUGCCAUGCAAGUGUUGUGUGACAUGACCACGAACCGUGGAGGUUGGACUGUUUUUCAGAGACGUUUGAACGGCUCUGUUGAUUUCUAUCGAGAUUGGUCGUCCUACAAAAAUGGCUUCGGAGAUUUACACGGCGAGUUCUGGCUUGGAAAUGACAAUCUUCAUCGUUUGACAGCCGCUGGUAACGUUUCGUUGAGAGUUGACCUGGAGGACUUCGAAGGUAACAUCACAUACGCUGAGUACGCGACAUUUAAGGUGGCGGACCAGAUAGAUAAAUACCGAAUUCAAAUUGGUGGAUACAGUGGGACAGCUGGAGACGGUUUGAAUGAACAAAGGUAUAAUAAACAGUAGUUUAAAAACGAGGUUAUUAAAAGUAAAAUGUCCGAUAAUUUGCAGGCAAAAAUUUUUAUAUCUAUUCGUUUCGAGACUUGUAUGAGUAAAGAGAUGGAAUCUUAAAAAUAUUCUCAGUUCAUUCAAAUUUAUUUAUUUAUUUAUUUAUUUUUUUUUUGUAUCUGCCAUUUUCGAUUUUGGCUUAUGACAUGUUGAACUAGUGUACCAAAAGCUCAAAUUCUAUCACAAUAUUUAAUUAUAAGAUCUACAAACCGUAUUUUAUGGUGUUAACUUUUCGUAGUGACAUGCAGUUCUCCACAAGAGAUAGUGACAACGACAUAAAACCGGACGCCAGCUGUGCUCAGCAGUUCAAAGGCGCCUGGUGGUACAGGAGCUGUCAUCAUUCCAAUCUAAACGGGUUGUAUCUCAAUAGAAGUCACUUCUCAAUGGCUGAUGGCGUCAACUGGAUUCCUUUUAAAGGAUAUUACUACUCACUGAAACGUACAGAAAUGAAAGUAAAGUAG